AUGAAGUCCUUCUUGAUCUUCGCAGCUCUCUCUCCCCUCGCUGUUCUCGCGGACCCUCCCGCCUGUAUCGGACACGUCGUUGGGAUGCAAGGCAUGCCCAGCGACAUCGACACCAUAUGCCACAAAGACCAAAAGAAAACCCUGUCCGACUUGGUCAAAAAGUGCGCUCCCAACGAACUCAAGCCGGCCUACGACCACUUCGCCGAGGUCUGCAAAGGGGUGGAUGUCGAUGUUGCCGCUCUGCCUACCCCGUCGGCACCAGCCCCCACACCCAGCGAGAGCAAGCCAGCCAGCGCGGCGGCUGCUAUUGCACCUCACGCAGUCAUCUUCACCAUCCUCGGUCUUUCCACCACGGGUUUAUUCAGCAUGAUGUUCCUGUGA